AUGGCAUGGCCCUUGAGCUCACCCUCUUGGAUAAUUCUGUUUGCCAUUAUCGGGGAGAAUCUGCAGGCUUCCUCGCUGGGCGACACGGAGGUAGUGCGCCGAUGUCUACGACGGAAUCAGCGCCGCCUUGAUGCUCUCAAUCGCAGUGGGUGGGCCCCGUUGCACUACGCCUGCAGCACGGGCUACGAACAUACAGUGGCCUUUUUACUUGACGAAGCCAAGGCUCACGUUGAUGUGGAAGCGAGUGACAAGACGACUCCUCUGAUGCAUGCAGCUGGCGGAGGUUACGAGCGCAUCGUCCACCGUCUGCUCAAGGUUCUACUGCGAUUUGGCGCGAAUAGUAAACAGUGUGAUAGCCAGGGUCAGACACCUCGCAUGCUGGCCGAACGCAUGGCACAGCCCAGUGCAAUCAUCAUUGAUUUGCUCAACAAACACGAGCAACGUAACAACACUUCGCCGUUGCGUGCUGAAGCAGGCCUGGACCUUGUCACCUAUGCCAGCCAAAGCCCGUCACCGCGUCCUCCAAGCUUGUCGCCCAUGCCCGUCACGUCUGAUACCGAGAGUCGUUUGAUGGAUGCCGGGGAUGAUAUCGAGACCUUUCUCAAGCUCGAGAUUUUUGGCAGUCUCGCGUAUCCGGUCUUCGUCUACAAAGGCACACGUCAGAACAGAAACGUCAGGCCGGGUGCAUCAGAACUGUGUAUCAUGCUGGUCUUGAGCCAAGGCCUAAAUAUGCGUCACGGUGUGUACUGGCACCGAGCGCUGUCAAGUGUGCAUACCAGCAAUCAGCGUAACUGCACGAUGCAGCUCCGUGACGACCAGGGAUUCAGCGCCAGCUCGGGGAAUGGCCUUUUCAAUAUCCGCGUCUGUAGGUACAAAGAGUGCCCUGUGUGCAUGUGCGAGGGAGAAUUUGUGUGCGGAGCAAGGAUCGGAGAGGAAUGGAGGCCGCACAAUCUGAAUGUGGCCCAGCCGAGAGGCGAGCUCAUCGACGCGUGCUUCCACUGCGUCCAAAAGACGAUCCGUAUCAGUUUGAAGCGCCAUGGCAAUGCCCAAUGGGUCUCUCAACAACAGCUGCUCAAUGCGUCUGCCUAA